UCCCCUUUUACUACAUAUAAAAACCGCAUCCCCUUAGGGAAGAAACAAGAAUAAUGCCAUAACCCAACAACAACAACAUCAAAUGAGGAUCAUCAUCUCCAUGCAUCUCUCUCUCCUCUUCCUCUUCUCUCUCUCUCUCCUCUUCUUGUUCACAUGCUCCCGUGGUGGCAUAGCAACAGCCCAAAACCUCAUAUACGAAACCUGCAAAACAUGCUCACGAUUUGACCCAAACGUCAACUUUGGUUUCUGCACUUCUUCCCUCCAGGCAGCCCCCGCCAGCCGCUGCGCUGCCCUCGUUGGUCUCGGAAAGAUCUCUAUCCGACUGGUCUAUUACAACGUGACAGACACCAGGUGCCAAGUCAAACAGCUAUUGAAGAAGAAGAAGUUGGACCCAUUUGUGAAGGAAUGCUUGCAAGACUGCUUGGGUCUUUAUAACGGUGCAAUAUCUUCAUCAAAGCAGGCAAUGAAACAAUACAAUUCCAAGGAUUAUGUGGAUGCCAACAUCCAUUUGACCUCUGUAAUGGAUGCUGCUUCCACUUGUGAAGAUGGUUUCAUGGAGAAGGAAGGUGUGGUUUCUCCAUUGUCAAAGGGAAACAAUGAUACUUUCCAUUUAUCUGCGUUGGCUCUUUCCAUUGUGCACCUGAUUGGGAGCGGCUCUCGCGGCUCUUGAUUCUUUCUACUAGUAGUCGCUACUCUGUCCCCUUUUGUUUGUCUCUGUUUAAAAAAAGAUAGUACAUUUUUUGGAAGGGAAAUAUAUUCUUAAAUUUCGUAAUUUUUUGUGCCAUUGUAAAAGAUCGAAUUGGACUUUUUUAAUGGGUGCAAAAAAAAAAAAAAUUAAGUAUCCACAGAAAUAUUACCGUACUUAUUUUUUCUGAGAAAACGCAAGUUCUAGAGAAUGGGACAAACAAAAGGGGGUUGAGAGACUACUUACUCUUUGAGGAAGAUGAUUUUUAUUUAAGCAUUUUUAAAAGAUCACACCGAUGUAUUUCUGCGAUAGAUUCUUAUUUUUUCGAUUAUUAUUUGUGUACGGGAGAUCGAUGGUGUUCA